AGAGGAACCAGAACUUCUGCAGAUAAAACAGGAACAAGAGGAACCAGAACAUCAACAGUUCAAAGAGGAAGAGAAGCAACUCUACAUCAGUCAGGAUGAAGAGCAUUUUGUGCUGAAACAGGAGACUGAUGACAUGUUGGUGAAUCCUUCUGAUGUACCAAAAACAAACAAUUCACAAAAAAUGCACAAGAAGGCUCACCCAGACAAAAAAAGAUAUUCUUGUAAAAUAUGUGAUAAAACCUUUUCUCGAAACUGUUUCUUGACUACGCACAUGGUAACUCACACAGGAAAGAAGCCUUUUACAUGUUCAACCUGUGGAAAAGGUUACAAUCAAAAAAGUGGUUUAAUGUAUCACAUGAAAACUCACACAGGUGAAAAACCGUUCACAUGUGUUACUUGUGGAAAAGGUCACCGUCAAAAAAGUGCCUUAAAGAGUCACAUGAGAUCUCACUCAGUUGAGAAGCCUUGCUCGUGCCUAACCUGUGGAAAAGAUUUCAAUGGCAAAACAGUCUUAAAGAAUCACAUGAAAAUACACACAGGUGAGAAGCCUUUCUCAUGUACGUCGUGUGAAAAAAGUUUUGCCAAUAAACAAAGUUUAGUUGUUCACAUGAGAAUUCACACAGGUGAGAAGCCUUUCUCGUGCAUGACGUGUGGACGAGGUUUCUCUCAAAAAGGUAAUUUAGUUUCUCACAUGAAAGGUCAUACUGGAGAGGAGCCUCUCUCAUGCACUGCUUGCGGAAAACGUUUCCUUACCAAGUCUUGUUUAAACAUUCAUAUGAGAAUUCACACAGGUGAGAAGCCUUUCUCAUGCACAACCUGUGAAAAAAGAUUUGCCUAUAAACACACUUUAAGUAUUCACAUGAGAAUUCACUCGGGGGAGAAGCCUUUCUUAUGUGUAAUCUGUGGGAAAGGUUUUGCUCAGAAAGGUGGUUUAGCCACACACAUCAAGGGUCACAUGGGUCAGAGGCCUUUCAGCUGUAAAACCUGUGGGAAAUGUUUUAGUCAAUCAUCUCUUUUAACUAAUCACAUGACAACACACACGGCUGAGAAACACUUCUUAUGUGCGACCUGUGGAAAGAGUUACAGUAAAAAAAGGAAUUUAACUUAUCACUUAAGAAUUCACACAGGUGAAAGGCCUUUCUCUUGUGGCACUUGUGGAAAAAGUUUCAGAGGCAAAUCUAAUUUACGUUAUCACAUGAGGACUCACACACAUUAGAAGCCUUUCUCACGUGGAACCUGUCGAAGGUUUCAGUCAGAAAGGCAGUUUAAUUUGUCACAAGAUAAAGGUUGAUAACACUCCAGUGUCAUGCAGGACUCUUUCCCCACUACCAGCUUUGCAUGAUAUAAACCUGAAGCAUCAAGGUGUUCUGUAACCUGCUGUUGGGAAGCAGAGUAAUUACAACUGGAUCGUAUUUUUUUUAACUGUCGCAGCUCACUUUAAAACGCUUUUCAAAUAGUAAACUUUGCUAAAUUACUUAGGAAAAUUCUCAUUAUUCCGGGGGUUUUGUCUUUCACUCUUAAAUUUGAGUUUCCAAGUGAGGUUUUGGGGCUGCACAGUGUUUGUUGGUAGAGCUGUUGCAGCAAGAAUCAAUGGGUAUAAAUGAAGUGAGUCGACUUGUAACGGUUUUGGUGCCCCUAUUGUGUGUUUAUCCUUUGUUGUAUUCAUAUCUUGUUUUGUUCAAUGAUUUUGAUUAAUGGAUACAUGUUAGCUGAUAGGUUAUGACUUUUUUCUUUAUUUUCUCUAUCCAUUUUUGACUCAGGACAAAAAUACUGCUGAUUAUAUGAUGGCAACGACACGGAUAUAAGGUUUACUAAAUUAUUAUUAUUAUUAUUUUUAAACCAAAAACUUUUUUUUUUUAACUUUUAUUUUCUUAAUCUAUAACACUGUUUUGUAGUUGUAAUUUAUACUUUAGGAUACAAGGAAAUGUAUUUAUGAUAUAGAAGAUGAGUAAUAAAAAAACUUGCUGUUUGGCUCUUGAAUAUUAAAGUUAAUUUUCCAUGA